UAAGGCUCUUGGUUCUUAGUUCUCCCUUACUUCACUCCAAACCAGUCCUGAGCAACCAGAAAAAUGGCGCUGAGAUACCUCAACAGUUUCAUUUCAUCGGAGGCAUUCAAAAACGCCGGCCGAGAACUAACCGACGGCGUUCCGCGCCUGGUCAAGUUCGUCUGUUGCCUCCAACUCACCAAGACUCACCUCCUCACCGUCGUUCUGACGUACGGUCCAAGCAUGCUCCCGACGCUCGGCCUGACCGGAAAUCUGUGCUUGGCCGAACGCAUCUCGACCCGGUUUGAAAAAUUGGGCGUUGGUGACGUUGUUCUGCUACGAUCGCCUGACGUUCCUAAGAAGAUUGUGACCAAGCGAUUGGUGGCCGUGGAGGGUCAGUCUGUUACUUACAUUGUUGACCCUAAGAACAGUGAUACGUCUGAGACUCUUGUGGUUCCGAAAGGGCAUGUUUGGGUGGAGGGAGAUAAUAUCUAUGAGUCGAAUGAUUCGAGAAAGUUUGGGCCUGUUCCUUAUGGUCUUCUACAAGGCAGAGUCUUUUGGAGGAUUUGGCCACCUAAAGAUUUUGGAUCAUUGGUGCAAAGCAAAGGGAAGGAUUCUGUCUCAUGAGGUACACUAUUGAGCAGGAUAUAGUUUUGGAUUCUGUCUCAAUAUUCGUACACUAUUGAGGUACACUGUUAGUUUUGGAUUCUGUCUCAAUAUUCGUACACUAUUGAGGUACACUGUUAGUUUUGGAUUCUGUCUCAAUAUUCGUACACUAUUCAGGUACACUGUUAGUGCCCCAUUUGGAUUCUGUUCUUGCUGAUGUGUUAUGCAUCUGUAAUGGGACUAGAAAAUCUUGUUUUCUUGAGGUUAGAAAAACUUGUUUUGAAGCGCUGGUGUUCAUGGGGUGUAUAGAAGCUUGUUUUAGCAUGAUUUUGUUGUAAAGGAGAAGUGUUUUAACUCUGAGACUUCCAGUGCAUGACUAUUGAAAUGAAACCUGUAUUCCCCAGUAGCACUAUUUUCAAUGUCCAUGGCGUAUUUUUCAUUUUUCUCAUAAGACGUAAGCUUUUUUUUUUUUUUUUUUUCAUUUUCACAGA